CAUAUGGAUUUGAAUUUCAAUUUCUUCAACUAUUUUGCACUCGAAUUUUUGUUAUGCCAACAUCUUCUGCAAGUUCUGAAUGCAACUGGUCAGCAUAUGCACAUAUACAUACCAAAAAACAAAAUCGCCUAACAAAUAAACGCCUUGAAGAAUUAGUAUAUAUUUAUUGGAAUCUUCGGGUUAUUUAUAAAAAUAAUGAUAAAAAAAUAGGUGAGGUCGAAGAUGAAUCAGUAUGGUUAUCAGAUAUUGAACAAGAAGUUAACAAUGAAGAAACUAAUUUUUGGGAAAGUUUUGAUAAACUUGCUGAUCAA